UGAACAUUUAGGCCUCGGCUAAUGGCUUUGUAUUUAAAAUAAGGAUAUAUGUCAGAGUAUAAACGGCACAAAUGGCAUAGACAUGAGGUGUAAAAUGAAAAUGCAAACGGAAAGAUUUAAAGACUUUACUAUAAAUACAAACUAAUUACAUAAACAUCCGAGGGAGAAUUCGCUCCAUCGGUCGUCGCAUCCCUCCCUUGUGGACCCACCUUGCCCUUCCGUCCCGGUCAUCAACCUGGAGCAGAGAGAGAGCCCGCCCCGCAGAGCAGCAGUCCGGGAACUGCCGGUACGAGUACCAAACACACUCCCGCCUGGGCAGCAGCGGCGGAGCAGCAGUGGAUCUACCGAGCUUUGGUAGGACUUGGACGCGUUUUGGGAGACGGAGCAGAGCGUAACUACAGAGAGAAAAGAAGAGGAGAUAUUUUAUCGGGGAGGGGGGAGAUCUGAUUUUUGUUUUUUUUAAAAAAGUUGUAUUACGGAUACAUUUACUGUUGUAGGAAAUAUGGCUGUGCGGGCUGCUCGUAAAGAACGUCUUGUUUAAGGCCUGAGUGCAGGAGAAGAGGCCGAGACGGGGGCGAGGUCCUGGGAUGAGAGCUCUCUGCUGUUUUCCUGUCUGCCCCAGACCUCCAGGAGGAGUACGCUGGGUGACACUCUGAGAGUGUGUGGUGUCUCUGACUCCGUCGGGGUGCCAUGGCUCUGGUUCAGGCACUACCUGUGACUGUGACUGACCACCCCAAUCAAGGUCUCGACGUCCAAAAGUGCCGACCGCUUUCGUCACACUCCCCCUCAGGCCCCUGCCCUGGCCCCUGUGGGCCCUGCAGCUCUGGGACAGCCAUGGGUUCUGUCAGCAGUCUCAUAUCGGGCCGGACGUACCAGGAGAGACACUGCCGGGCCGCCAGUGAAUUCACCACUAAGUCACGCCGCUCCACGCCGGCUACCAGCUGCUUUCGGCUCCAGGAUAACACCCUCCGCAGCGGGAGCUCCCUGGAGCAGCUGCUGGUCAUCAGCAACCAAACUCAUGCCCAGGCCCAGGUACUGCCUCCACCACUGCCCACCAAGAAGCAGCCACGGCCUGGUAACUCUGCUGGAACAGGUAGUGGAACAGUUGCUGGAGCAGUGGGUGGUGGCACUACUGGAAACUUUGGACAUGUGAGCGAUGAGGUGGUGGUUGGAGACUGGAAUGACAACUUGGUUCUGGCAGCAACAAGCCCCUGCAGUGACUCGGAGGACCAAAGGGAUAACAGAACUCUGAAUGGCAACAUAGGAGGACCUCCGCCCAAACUCAUCCCAGUGUCUGGACAGUUAGAGAAGAACAUGGAGAAAGUACUGAUUCGUCCUACAGCAUUCAAACCUGUCAUUCCCAAGAACCGUCACUCUGUGCAGUACUUGUCACCACGACCAGGGGGCAGCAGUCUGUCUGAGAGCCAGGCCAGCCUCAACCUCCUGUUGCCCCUCGGGGGAUCCAAAAGCACCAGUGGCACAACCGGCAUUGGAGGGAGCAGCAGUUCCAGCUCUGAAGGGAAGCACAGCUCCUACAGUGGAGGCCGCAAUGCUCGGAGCAGCCAGUCCUGUUCCAUGUCAGAUUCAGGGAGGAACUCCCUCUCCAGCCUCCCUACACACAGCAGCACAGGCUACAGUCUGGCCCCCAGUGAGGGCUCCAGCUCUGGGUCUGGUUCCGGGGGCCAGCUGGAGCCCGUGACAGGCCUCGGCCGAAACACUUCAGGUGGAAGUGGGAGCCAUGGUCACACUAACUCGGACAGUGGACGUUCCUCAUCCAGCAAGAGCACAGGCUCUGGGUCGCUAAGUGGGCGCGGGCAGCCCUUGUCAGACAGUGGGUCUUGUGGACACUCACCGCCACCCGUGGAGGGCUACGAGGCAGUGGUGAGGGAGCUGGAGGAGAAGCUGAGGGAACGAGACCUGGAGCUCCAGCAGCUCCGGGAAAAUCUGGAUGAGAACGAAGCUGCUAUCUGCCAGGUGUACGAGGAGAAGCAGCGUCGCUGUGAAAGUGAGAUGGAGGAGCUGAGACAGAGCUGUGCAACAAAGAUGAAGCAGGCUUCUCAGAAAGCCCAGAGGGCACAGCAGGUGCUACAGCUACAGGUAUUUCAACUACAGCAAGAGAAAAAGAAGCUACAGGAGGACUUCUCCUCUCUGCUGCAGGACAGAGAGACGCUGGAAAAGAGGUGUGCCACCAUCCAGAGGGAGCAGACCCAGCUGGGACCACGUCUGGAGGAGACAAAGUGGGAGGUGUGUCAGAAGUCAGGAGAGAUCUCCCUGCUGAAGCAGCAGCUGAAGGAGAUCCAGUCAGAGCUUAGCCAGAAGGCUGGAGACAUUGUAGUGCUGAAGGCCCAGCUGAGAGAAGCCCGUUCUGAACUGCAAGCCAGCCAGGCGCGAUCCCAGGAGGCCCAAGCGGCCCUGCGGACGCGAUCUCUGGAGCUAGAGGUCUGCGAGAACGAACUGCAGAGACGCAAGAGCGAAGCUGAGCUGCUCCGAGAGAAACUCGGCCGUGUGGAAGAGGAGUCAGCCCGCCUCCGUGAAGCUCUGUCCAAUCACAGCGGACUCUCUCUACCGGGAAAUGCAACCAUGAAGGGGCAAUGCAUGAGCCUGUCCCUGCAACAGGGCAGAGGUGUGGCAGGAAGAGGUGGCCCCAGUCCCUGUGUGUACCGCGAUGGGGAGGAGACUCAUCUUGUCUGGGGAGGAGAGAGUGAUGAAGCCAAGGCGCAAAGGCAGAACACAGAAACAGUGUUGGGACUCAGACAACAGGUGGAGAGGCUGAAGGCCGAACUCAUGUAUGAGAGGAGGACUAGCGAGGAGCAUCUUUCACGGUUCGAGGAUGAGAGAAGGGUGUGGCAGGAGGAAAAGGAAAAGGUAAUCCGCUACCAGAAACAGCUGCAGCAGAACUACAUCCAGAUGUACCGUCGAAACCGGGAUCUCGAGCGAGUGAUGAGGGAACUGAGUCUGGAGCUGGAGAACCGGGACAUUGACGACUAUGAGGUCCACAGUGGCAGCAACGACAUUCACUUUGAGGAAAUCACCGCCACUGAGAUUUAGAAGAAAAACAAAAAACAAACAAAAACUCCACUCACACACUUACAGUAAUAUGAGCACCGAAACAUGGAAGCACAACUCACAACAAACUCUGAGGAUGUAAACCAAACAUUGAACUCUGGGGCAAAUACUGCACUAUCUUCAACAUGGCUUUACCUGCACCACUGAGCGAGCACUCACAGCUUGUCACUGUUAUAAGGAAGAUCUCCCAAAGGUGCAUUCUUACUUUCUGCUAACAGACAUGUUCUUAAAUAAAUUUUUAAAAGGCGUCGCUCCUGGCGCUUUAAAUGGGUUUUAGUCCACUACAAAGCCAGCACAAAGACUUGCUAUCCUUCCAUAGGAGCAAAAGCAGUGAAAAAAGUGUUUAUUUCUCAGACCACAUUCAAAUCAGGGUACUGAAAAACAAUGGGAUCUUAAAGCAAAAAAAAAACAAAAAGGUUGGCACAUGCACAGCAGUCUGGUCAAAGUUCGGUCACACCUUUCUUAGCAGUACAUAAGGUUGAGCGCCAGGCCACCAGCAUGCAUGUAAUGAUGCCCCAUGUCAGCUGUUAAUGAUGACUUCAUCACCUGCCCACCCUGUACUAUCCAACCACACAAGCUGCAGCAAACAGCUGCAUUCGCCUUGCGAGCAACUGCUAAAGGUAAAAUAACACCAAAUAUUACAACGUCUGCCAUUUGUCUCUGAUGGUGUUCAGAAGAUCGGCAGUUCAUUUCAUUUUACAAAUCAUAAUACAUCAUAUUAAAGAUAUGAUGUCCUUCCUCAGCAGUGUGUAUUUGAAAAAGAAUGUAUUGUGACUGUUAUCACUCCAGAGAAAUGCAGUAUAAAUGGUCACUGAAACAAUCUGCUCGCCAAGGGAAACACGGUACCGUUUUGCACAAUUUUCCCGCUCUCUUUUGUUCACGAUAACUGUAUUUCGUUUUGUGAAGCAAAUAGCAUAACUUAAACAAACCAGUUUUGACAUUUGUUUCUUGGAUUGCUUACAUGUGGACAUCCUAUUCUGUCAUUUCCCAAACCGCAGAGGACACAGAAACCAAAUGUUCAAAGGCAAUGCUUUAUUUGAAUGCUUGAUCGUGUUUUCUAGACCACCAACAGUCAAGCCGUUGAGCUUGAUCGACGUUUCAACUCGUUUAGACCAUCUCAUAUAAACAUUUACAUUUUGCAAUUAUGUAGUACUAGGAAGAAGACUGUAGCAUGGGAGAUUUCACCAGGAUGCUGCUGAUUCUCACCUUUCUGUCUUUUUUCUGUCUUUGUCUGCUCUCUCGUUCCAUCUCUAUAUCAACAACUCAGCUACUUUUAUAAUAGUGAAAAGCACCUCAGCGGUCGGUAUUAGGAAACUAAAAAAGGAGCACAUUCUUUCAGUGUGGUCAUGGCGUCACUGAGAGAUGUAAGCCAGUGUUUGAACUGUAAGCAUGCUUAUUCAGAGUUUCUGUUUAUUCCUCUUCAUUCCCAUUAGUGAUCUUUAUUUAGCUUUUGGCAACCCAAAGCCAAAUAACACACUUUAAAGUCUUCCUAGUCUCCCCAGGACUAUAAUCUUCACUGACUGCUAUACAGGUAAUGAGACUGGCAUGUCUGCAUGUCUUUGUUAUAUCAGAUUUCAGAAGAAGCCUGUUCAGAUUGCAGUAAGAUGAGAAUUUGCAGAUGCUCCAGCACUGAAUGUCCUUAAGGCAGGCUGGCUGGUAAAACCCUCAAUAUAAACUGGCGAGGAGCAUGUUGACAUAUGAAGCUGUGGGUAGCUCUGUUUUCUCACAGUGUAUGCAGGGCUGUGUUUUCACACUAAGCAUGGCAGGUCUCUAUGAGAAAAAAAGUACUGGGCUUAAAACUUAUUUUACAAAGAGUCUAUAUCAAGGAAUAAUAGUUAAAUGGAAAUCUAUAUAAUGGAGCAGAUGUUGUAUAUUUUUAUAUAUAUAGCACCUGGAAAUAUUUUGUUGUAGUACUGGUUUAAGUGUGGGUUUAAUAUACAAAGUAUAAAGACUUCUCUCUCUCUCUCUAUAUAUAUAUCUAUAUCUAUCUAUCGCACACCAGUAUUUCAAAUGAUGGAUCAGUUAAGUGGAGGGAGCAGCAUAGAAAGAGUGCACCUAAUACUGUAAUAAUGCAUGAAAAUAUGUUUACAUGAUAUAAUCCGUGUGACACAAACAUACACUCUAAUGACCAAACUUUGCAGCUGAUAAAACCAGUGGGAGCUUUUGUUUUGGGCUCAGUUUUGGACCUGUUGUCUCUCCAUUUUGACUGAUCUUACAUUUGAUUGUCAGUAUCAUAAAAUCACGCCGGUUCAUAUCUCCAUCGUUGGGUUUUGUGCAUGUCAUUCAUUUACAAAUGCAUGAGACAGGUCAUUUUUGAGGGACUUCUUCAUCAAGUUGAGAUAUUUUGUAGAAUAUGAAAAGUCAGCACGGUGCAUAAGUUGCUAAAAUAAAGCCAUGGGAAAUAACUUUUAAUGGAACAAGUCAGGUUUGUCCAACCAUAUUGAAUAUGUCGACUGUUAUUUACUCAACACAGAUGCAACACAGGCUUGUGUAGUAAAGUCCCUCAUUGAAGAGUACCGUAUGCAUCUCUGACAUCCGUCUUUUCCACAUAUCACAGUUCUCUUCAUCAUUGCAUAACCGUUUUCUGUGUAAAUAUGUAAAACACUAAAUAGUAUAACAGAGUGACAUUGUCUUUUAUUUAGACAAAAUACCUAUUUCAAACGUAGCCACUGUGACUAGACCAAAGCAAAGUAACACAUUUCUGUUUUGUGUGGCAUUUUUUUCAUCCGUUUGUGUGCAUUUUUUUUUUAUGUUUACUUAGGUUGCGUCUUCAGUAAAUCACGUAGUUGUUCAUGUAUAUUUUUAUGUGUACAUUUCUUGUACAAAUUACUGUUUUUAAUUAAAGAACAAGUUGUCACACCUUAA